UCAAUAGUUUUACAAUAAUCUAUCACAAUAAAAUAUGCACACAUGCACUCUUAUUUGUAUUAGGGAUGCACCGAUACCGAUACUUUCAAUCACAAUUCAUUAUCAAUUAGUGAAGGUGGGAUAGGUAGUCACUGAAAAUUAGUGACUAUUUAAGUUUUUUACUAAAUUAAAAACAAAUAUCUAAUGAAUAGCUGAAAUAGGUAUAAAUGUUCAAAUAAUUUUUAUAAUGCAAAUAAGUGUAAAUGUGUCUGACAACUUAACUACAUUUAGAAAAGUAAAUGAAUACUUUUACUCUGGUCCAGCAGUGGAUUUCCACAGACGCUUUAGUUAAUUUUAUGACUGAAUCAACAGAAAGUAACAGCAUACAAACAGCACAGGUCAGUGUGUGAUAGUAAUGUCUGAUUGUAAAACUAAUGUCAUGUGGACUGUUGCUGUGUCUUUGUAGGUUGUCUGGCUGCAUGGUGACAGAGGAAGGCUGUGGUUAUGUGUCUUCAGCUCUGAGUUCAAACCCCUCACACCUCAGAGAGCUGGAUCUGAGCUACAAUCAUCCAGGAGAUUCAGGAGUCAAGCUGCUCACUGAUAAACUCAACCAUCCAAACUACAGACUGGAUAAACUCAAUGUGGAUCAUGGAGGAGAGAUCAGGAUUACAGCAGGAGUGAGCAAAUGUAUGUCUACACACACACUCACAAAAACUCUCACACACACAUUCACACUCUGUCUUUCUCUUAAUAACUAAACAUUUAACACUUAAAGGUCUUUCCCUCAGUAACACAUAAAAUAACAC